CUCCACGCAAUCGUGAAUACGCCAAACGGACAGAUGGGAAAAUGCCUUAUUAGAGAUCAUGAAAACCAAAACAACGAGUGGUUUAAAAACAAGGUUAUUUUUGAAGAGAAACAGAAACGUGCUCAAAAUAUUUUAUAUACACUAAAAUUAUGGCUAGAGAGUUCAUUGACUGUCAUUGUCACCUGUCAGCAAAUGAGUUUACACAGGACAUAGAUGAUGUACUUCUGAGAGCAAAAAAGGCUGGAGUGAAAGCUCUUGUGGCAGUUACAGAGGGAGCCAGUGAGUUUGAGAAAGUUAUUCAGUUGUCAAAAAACUAUCCUGGUUUUGUGUUCCCUUGUUUUGGCAUUCAUCCCCUUCAAGAGUCAGGGAACGACUUGCACAGUGUCAAGGUUCAGGACCUGGAGCCAAUCCUUCCUUUGUUCCAGAAGCACAGAGAUAAUAUUGUUGCGGUUGGAGAGAUUGGUCUUGACUUUACCCCCUGGUUUGCAAAUACUAAUCAAGAGCGUGAUGAACAGAUAAACGUCUUUAUAAAACAACUUGAAAUAUCUAAAGAAAUGGAUUUACCAGUGAAUGUACAUUCCCGCUCAGCAGCCAAGGUUACUAUAGCCACAAUGAAAGAACUAGGGAUUAGACAAGCAUUAUUGCAUAAUUUUGCUGGGAAGCCAUCGGUUGCCAUGGAAGGGGUUCAGGCUGGAUUCUACUUCUCCUUUCCUCCUGCCGUCAGCAAAAACGAGCAGAGAGCAAAAUUAAUCAGGCAGAUUCCACUGGAACACAUUUGCCUUGAGACCGACUCUCCAGCCUUGGGAGUUGACAAACAUGUUAGAAAUGAACCCGGAAACAUAAUAAUCAGCUGUGAAUACAUUGCAAAAGUUAAGGGAAUGUCUUCAGAUGUAGUUAUGGAAGUCACAACACAAAAUGCCCUUCGAUUGUUUUCUAAGUUAAAAACCUAGAAUUAUUAUCAUCUUAUUUAAUUUUAUAAAUAAAGAACUCACUCAAAAACCAAUUGGUUUUAUACAUGCACUUAAAAUUAAUGGAGUCUUUUAAGCUGCAAAAAUGAUGUAAGUAUCAUAAAAGGAUCAAUUAGAUUAGUGAAUAUCAGGCCGGAUUUGUUUUAACAAAUUUUCUUCAACAAAGUUUUUAGUUUUCUGUUUCUAUCAAAAGAAAGACAUUCAUACAGGUUUUGACAUGAGCAUGAUGGGCAAAUGAACUAUUGGGUGAACUAUUGAUUUAAUUGUGUGAUAGUGACUUUGUAACAUCAUUGUUUUUUAUAUGUAAAAUGGUUUAAAUAAUAAAAAAAAAUAAACCAC